AUGCCUGGAUUAGACAGAAAAUUGGUAGAACACAAGCUGCCAACCAAAGAAGGCUACCUUCCAGUCAAACAGGCUAGAAGGAUGUCUAUGGAAACAGAACUGAAAGUCAAGGAAGAAAUAGAAAGACUGGUCAACGCAGGAUUCAUCAGACCGGCCAUUUAUGCUGAUUGGCUAGCCAAUAUUGUGCCAGUUCAGAAGAGAAAAACGGGGGCAGUUAGGAUCUGUGUGGAUUACAGGAAUCUGAAUGAAGCAUCUCCCAAGGAUGAAUAUCCUAUGCCAAUGACAAAUAUGCUAGUAGAUAGAGUUGCUCAUUACCAAAUGCUAUCUUUUAUGGAUGGCAAUGCAAGAUAUAAUUAG